ACAAAAUGGCAGUCAUUCGAUUACAUAUUUGGAUUUAAAAAAAAUUAAAAUAAUGGUUAAGCUUUCUUCCGAUUUCUACGAAUUUGACAGAACUAAAUUUCAAGAUGCCUGAACACGUUAAACACAUUGAAUGGCAUGAUCUCGACAAACGGAAGUUUUACUUUUUUGGACCUACUUUGUUUCUUGGUAUUCGGACAGUUUUGUAUCCAGCAAAUUUAGURAAAACUCGACUUCAAGUUCAGCGAAAUAAUGCACUUUAUAAUGGCUCUAUGGACGCGUUUGUUAAAGUAGCCCGUACUGAAGGAAUUCGAGGUCUUUAUAAAGGGUUUAUGGUGAGCUGUUUCGGUCUUUUCGCAGGACAAUGUUACAUAACGACAUAUGAACUAGUUCGAGCAAGAACUUCGGAAUACAGCACCGUCAUUCGAGGAUUUUUAGCCGGUGGUUGUGCUUCUGUUAUCGGCCAGACAAUAACUGUACCCGUCGAUGUAGUGUCUCAAAAACUCAUGAUCCAAGGACAAGGAAAUCAUUCUGUAAAACUGAAAAAUUCCAAGACAAUUGUGAAAGAAAUUAUUUUAAGUCGUGGCCCUAUUGGCUUGUACAAGGGGUACUUAGCUUCUCUUAUGACAUAUGCUCCCACCAGUGCCAUAUGGUGGGCUUCCUAUGGUGUUUAUACUGGGCUUAUAGGCAGUAUAGUGCCAGCUGGUACAUAUCAUAUACUUGUUUUAGCCCCGUCRGGGGUAAUGGCUGGUGUCACUGCCGCCUGCAUGACAAAUCCUUUGGAUAUUGUUCGAACAAGAUUACAGGUUGAAGGAGGGAACUCCAUGCUACUAACAUUCAAAUCAUUGAUUCAAGAAGAAGGGUUAGCAGCCUUGGCUAAAGGACUGUCAGCAAGAGUCUUAUCCAUGGCACCAUCAAGCUUUAUGGUAGUUUUAGCUUAUGAAACAGUUAAGAGGUUAAGUCUGAAGGAAGAAGAAAAGAAUGCCUUAGUGGAAGAGGAGCUAUAUUUAGAAUGCACUUGUUAAUUUUUACUCGGGAGGAGACAGAAAGUUGGUUAUGAACUACCUUGGGGGAAGGAAGAGAGAAGGAAUGAAAGAAAUUAAAGAAAAGAGUAAAACAAAGAAAAUUUUAAAACAGUCUCCUUGACCUUGGG